AUGGAUCAACAAAGGCUCAUGAGUGAUGGUUCAGAAAACUUAGCUUUCACAGAGUUCUGUAUUGAAUCUCAACAUUCAUUGCUUGUUGAACAUCUAAGAAUGCACGCUGAGCCAGAAUAUAGUGACUGUAAUCAGUGUGGAAAGACUUUCAUGCACAGGGCCAGUUUUGCAGUACAUCAGAGAAUCUACCCUGGGGAGAAACCUUAUGAAUGCAAGCAAUGUGGAAAGAAAUUCAGCAUGAGGUCCAGUCUUGCGCAACAUCAGAAAAUCCACAAUGGGGAGAAGCCUUACGAAUGCAAGCAUUGUGGAAAGCCAUUCAGGGUGAGGUACCAGCUUGCUGUACAUCAGAGAAUCCACACUGGGGAGAAACCUUAUGAUUGCAAGCAAUGUGGAAAGACAUUCAGUGUGAGGUCCAGUCUUGCACAACAUCAGAGAAUCCACACUGGGGAGAAACCUUAUGAAUGUAAGCAAUGUGGAAAGACAUUCAGGGCAAGGUCCAGUCUUACUGUACAUCAGAGAAUCCACACUGGGGAUAAACCUUAUGAAUGUAAGCAAUGUGGAAAGACAUUCAGAGAGAGUGGUUGUGUUGCUAUACAUCAGAGAAUCCAUACUGGGGAGAAACCUUAUGAAUGUAAACAAUGUGGAAAGACAUUCAGGGUGAGGUACCAGCUUGCUGUACAUCAGAGAAUCCACACUGGGGAGAAACCUUAUGAAUGUAAGCAAUGUGGAAAG